UACCUACUGUGUGUAUUGUAGCUCCAUGUGUACGCUGUGUAUAUACAGGCUAUAUAACCAGGAUCAGAUCGGCCCCCGGAAAUCGCUUGGGCAUAUAUGAUACCUAUAGGUAAAUGUGUGUGUAUCAAUGUCCCUCCUGUGGUCAGCUGAAAGACUGCAUGACCCUCUUGGUCAGUCUAUGCAGAGAAAUACAACAUCAGUUGGUGACGUAAAUAUUGUUUUCUACUCGGAUUAAAUUUCGCCACUUAAAGGAAGACACAAAUUGAUUUAUGGACUAAUUUUUCAUGCAGGUGUUUUGAAGAUGUGACCUUCAAAUUCCUUGUCAAAAUGACAGAAAAAGCAGAAAAUAAUUUCCAGGGAUGUACUUCUGGUUUACGUUGUUUCUGAGUGAAUAUACACUGUACAGAGACUGAGUUGCUUGGAAAACCAGAAACCAAGAUGGAGGACGAACAAAAUGAGAAGGGUGUGGAGGAUAUGAUUAACCUCAGUGUUCUGGAUGAGGGCACAAUUCUCCACAACCUCGAGGCUAGAUAUGAAAGGGAGCGUAUAUAUACGUUUGUGGGAAGCAUCCUGGCGUCGGUCAACCCCUACAAGAUGUCCAACAUCUACGGCCGGGACAUGGUCAAGAAGUACGAGGGACAGCCGCUGGGUAGCUUACCUCCUCACCUGUUUGCUAUCGGGAGCGUAUCCUAUUCCCGGAUGCUGAAAGAAAAGGAAAAUCAAGUCGUCGUUAUCAGUGGUGAGAGUGGAGCUGGUAAAACAGAGGCCACUAAACUGUUGAUGCAAUACUUGGCAGCGGUAAACAAGUCUGGUAACGACCUCAUCACUGAACAAAUCCUCGAAGCCAACCCGCUCCUCGAGUCCUUCGGCAACGCAAAAACCAUCCGAAACGACAACUCCAGCAGAUUCGGCAAAUAUAUUGAAGUAUUCUUUAAAACGGGGUCCAUAGUGGGGGCACGUACCUCGGAAUACUUACUGGAGAAAUCUCGCCUCGUGACACAGGCAGCAGAAGAAAGAAACUACCAUGUUUUUUACGAGAUGUUGUCAGGGUUUAAUGAAGAGCAGAAAGGGAAGUAUGGACUCCAGUCUGCCAACAAAUACUUCUACCUGAACCAGGGUGGAAGCUGUAGUAUUUCAGGGCGCGAUGAUGCUGAAAAUUUCCGAGUUCUCAACACUGCCAUGGAAGUUCUCAACUUUGAACGGAACGAACAAGAAACCAUUUUCAAGAUUCUGUCGUGUGUCUUACAUUUAGGAAAUAUAUAUUUCAAAGCAAUACAGCACGACAACGGACCUGACACUGUUUUGCUUGGGAGUGACGCUGAACUCAAGUGGAUGUCCCAUCUUCUACAGCUGUCUGAGGACUGGCUCAAACAAGCCCUAACUACCAAAGUCACAGAAACAAGGGGCGAUCGUGUCCUGACACCUUUUAACAUAGAACAGGCGCUGGAUUCUAGGGACGCCAUAUCCAAGGCGCUUUACAGUCGUCUGUUUACUUGGUUGGUUGAGAGAGUCAACCUCAUCAUCUGUCGGGCCGAGCGAGAAAAGACGUCCGCCAUCGCCGUUCUAGAUAUUUUUGGUUUUGAGGACUUCCACGUCAACAGCUUUGAGCAGCUGUGUAUCAACUAUGCAAACGAGACGUUACAGUUUUUCUUCAAUCAGCACAUCUUCCGUCUCGAGCAGAGGGAAUACACUAAAGAAAACAUUGACUGGUCGUUGAUAGAAUUCCAAGACAAUCAGCCGGUCAUCGACCUCCUCGCCAGCAAACCUGCUGGAAUCCUAGUCAUUCUGGAUGACGAAUGCAGCUUUCCACAGGCCACAGAUCUUUCAUUCCUGGAGAAAUGUCACUUCCACCACUCCAGCAAUUCUCUCUACGACAAGCCACGGAUGUCGGUCCCCGAGUUUUACGUGAUCCACUUUGCUGGCAAAAUAAAAUACAGUGUGGACCACUUCCUGGAGAAGAACAAGGACACUUUGAGGAGUGACGUCGUGGAACUCUUGUGUGAAAGUAAAAACAGGAUGAUUGCCUCAAUGUUUAAAGAGAUGCGCGACCGGCUGAUAACAAAGACGCUGAGCAAGUCGACUGGGCGCUAUGUGACCCUCAAACCAAGGACGCCCACAGUGGCGGCUGGCUUUACUGAGUCAUUGCUGUCCCUCAUUGACACCAUGUCAAAAUGUAACCCGUAUUUUGUACGAUGUAUAAAACCUAACAAUCACAAGGCACCGAUGCAGUUUGAGAAAACCGUGGUGCUGGACCAGUUACGAUACACAGGGAUGCUGGAAACAAUCCGUAUCCGAAAAAUGGGCUUCCCUAUCCGAGUCAAAUUCCCGGUCUUCAUCGAGAGGUACCGUUUCCUCCUGUUGGGAAAAAUCAAUGACAGAGCAUUACCAACGGAGGUGUGCAAUCAGAUUUUGCUUACUCAGGGGCCAUCCAUGUCUCAUAUGUACAGGAUUGGGGCCACAAAGGUUUUCAUGAAGGAGACGUUUGAGCAUCAGUUAGAUUUACAUGCCAAGAACAUCCAGUACAACUCGGUGGUCACAAUCCAGAAGCUCACUCGUAUGUUCCUGGCCCGCAGGAAAUUCCUACACCUACAGACGGCAACAUGCAAGAUUCAGGCAGUGAUAAAGACUUGGGUUGAAAGAAAGAAAUAUCUGAAGGUUCGGAAUGGAAUUAUUAAGGCUCAGGCACAAGUUCGCAUGCGGAGGGAGCGCCAUAGAUAUCUUCACGCUCGGGAGGAACUAAAACGCAAGGCUGAACAGGAUCGAAUUGCUCGCCAAAAACAGGAAGAACAAGUCAAAAUGGCACGCGAAGAAAAGGCGAGACAAGCGAAGGCCAUGGAAGCAAUUUCUAAUCUGGAGAUCCCCGGAGAGCUGGCCUACAUCUACAGCAAACUGGACGACUGGCAGUCGGUACACACCGAACGUCAUAUUGGACCGGUAACUGACCCGGUAGCUCAUUUGGAUCAAAAGUACCAGCUUCCGAUGGACGUCGAUUCGCACGUAUUCAGCAAAUUCGCCAACAUUUACUUCAGGAAUCCCGAUUGGGGCGUUCUUAAGGCUCCGAUAAAGGCGGGGCUCACUCAGCUCCAGGGGGAGGACCUCAACAAUCGCGCGGUGUCUGUCUUCAAAAUGAUUUUACGAUACAUGGGAGAUCCCCACCUGAGUAAGAGGAGAGAAAAGGCAAUGGCUGACUAUAUCGUACUGAUGGGUCUGAACAACGAAGGACUUCGAGAUGAGAUUUACUGUCAGGUGGCGAACCAGUGUUGGAACAACCAGGACCUCACCGCCAUAGGACGGGCCUGGUGUCUGAUGGCUGCGUGCCUCAGUGCCUUCCCACCCAGCGAAAAACUCUUCAAAUACCUACUGAAGUUUGUUUCGGACGUUGGGUACAACGGCCAUAAGAUAACUUGCCAACACAAGGCGCUUCAGUGUGCCAAAAUGCAGCCCCAGUUAAGCCGCAGUUAUCCCCCCUGUUUACUGGAGUGGCACGCCAUUUUGCAGUGUACAAACAUGGCGCUACCUGUUAAGUUUGCCGAUAAUGUAAGAAUGUACGGACCUGUGGAGUCAUGGACGUCCGGAGAAAUCUUCACAAGUCAUCUCGUCAGCAGUCGGGGCCUGAAGGAAAAUAAAUUCGGCUGGACGGUGGUACUUCAGGAGGAGACCGAUUUUUACGAGUUGAUGGGAUAUGACUACGUCCUUGACCUUCUCAGCGAGAUGGAAAUUCCCCCAGGGUUCCCUGCCAAGCCUGCCUACUUCCUUGUGUCACGAGACAAGAUGCGGGAACCAGUUGGGGUCGUACAUCGUCUGUACAAGGACUCACCGCACAGUGUUGACAAGGACAGGUUCAUGGUGCUAAUGGGAAGACUUCCAGAAAUGUUGAAGGUUGAAGCACCACGACUAGAAAACCGAACAUUCACACCACGCACAAAAGAGAAUGACGACGAAAAGAAAAUAGAAUUUUCGAUGACAAGUGCACUCAACCGACGUCCGACUGAGAUCAUGCUGGAUGGUCUGUCUGCAAAUUCUGUUCUGAAUCUGCGAUACACGAAACGGAAAGCUCCAGGACCGCCGCCAUCGGUCACGAGUAACGGUCAUAACGGACACCAUGUGACAAAUGGUCUCAGCAAUGGGCACAUAACUCCAAUCUUGGAGGACGAAGGUGCCGAUUUCGGAUUGGCGGGAUCUAAAUUAAAUCAAAGGUACAAUAAUGGAUUACCUAACGGAACGCCACGUAUACAGGAUUUAAGCUCUACGUCCAAACUGAAUGCUAGAUAUACGAAAUCGUCAGCGGUGGCGAAAAGGAUGAAAAACGGAGCCGCGGAUAGGAUUUCCAGAAGGGACCAUGGUUUGGAAAAAAUGUCAGCAUCAUCAGACAAUAUGUCAGUGGGGACUGGGCAGGAAUCCGAUUGGUCUCACUGGGUCGAGAAUGUGUUCAACAGCGCACUCAAUGAGCAUGUUGAUACGCUGAGUGACGCACGGUCGAUGGAAAACCGCCUGAAAGGUGGGGGUAAGGGUGUCCCCGGUCCGGGGAUGCAGCCUCCCCCCGCACCCCCUCUGUCACUCCCUCUAAUGAGCAAUGUGAACGUACUGCCAGUAGGGGGAGCCACUGGGCUAGGAUCUCCACCAUCCACGGCACAAGGUAGCACAGACACCCUGAUGCAACAGAUUCAACAACAGUUGGCGGUCCAACAGAUGGCGCAACAGCAGGCCCAGCAACAGGCCCUCGUGCAGGCGUACCUAAGUCAGAUGAACCAAUUACAAGCCCAAGCUCAAGUUCAGGCCCAGGCUCAGAUGCAAAACCAGGCAGCUCGGCAACAACAACAACAACAAGCCCUGUUUCAGUCGGCACAACAACAGGGCUUACAACAGCAGUUCUUACAGGCAGGCUUAGGAGGUGUCAACGGGGUACCUGGCCUACCUGGGCUGGGGGUCCCCAACGGAAUGGUACCGAACAUUGUGAGCCCCGGUUCCAGUAUGAACUCUGUGGGACCUUCCCCAUUUAUGACUCCCAGGGAACAGCCGGUGAACGGCUCCGUAGCAUCUUCAUUUAGUACUACACAAAUGUUGCCGGUGGCAGGCAUCAACACAACUCAGACAAAUGUAGGGGGCGUGCCAAAGAAAGUGUAUAAAAUACGGACACAAUUUGAGGGUCGCACCGAGACCAACGAGUUCAAACCGGCUGAGCACAUUCCACCCCUCAUUACAGCCAAUCACGACAAAAGUCUACAGAUCACUGAACAAAACUCAGAAAGUGAGAGUCAUAAAGUGCGACAAAUGACGCUCCCCACGCUUCAUCCCCCACCCCCUCCAGCUUUCCAGGAUCAGUCUCUUGUCAGUCCCAGAAUGCCAGCCAUGCCGCCAGCACCGCCUCCACUGCCAGAGAUACCCUUAAACGGCGACUCAUUUAACAGGGAGGACGGCACAUUCACCUUCACAGAUAAAAAGGGCCGUGCAAGAACUGUAAGAAUCGGCCGUGUAGUGUGGCCUCCGCCAGUGGAAAAAGAAUCCAAGUCACGCCCAAAUGUGGGCCGACUCGAAAUUGACGAGGGCGUGGCUAGCUCUAUCGAGGAGCAAGUUGGUGCUCGUACACAGCAGAAGAAACCGGCACCGGCACCACCCCCUCCACCACAAAAGCAUGAACCGGUCAAGUCAACCAAGUCUCUCACAGAGUCUGUUCAUCUUGCCACUCUCCAACUGUUGGAGCAGAAACUUGGAGCCAAGAGAGCGACCCCGCCUCCAUCAGCCCCUCCACCACUACCCAAGACCCUCCCCCCAGUCACACCGCCCCCUACGCAGCCAGUCCUGGUAACCAAGGUGAUUGAAGUGGCGCCUCCUCCUCCUCCUCCGAAGAAAGAGAAGAAGAUGAAUAUUGACUUCUCCUCACUGGAGCGUGUGGUGUGUCGGCUCUACCCACAGGGCAAGGAAAGUUAUCUAACCUACAACAGUGUGCCCUGGUCACUCAACGUCCGCAAAGAGGUGUUCCACCCACGAGAGCGCCUGGAGAAUGUCGACGCCCUCCAUAUCAUCUUCUGUCAGGUGGUACAGGACGUUUACAACCUCGGGUGCAUUCGCAUCGGCAAGGAUGAACGUAUAAAGAUGAGGGGCAUGCUGGAGAAUUACGGAAUAAAUAGAACAAACUACCAGACUGGUGACUUCUCCAAUCAAGUGAAGAAGAUCGUCGUGGACACAGCCAAAGAGUGGGGGGCAUAUUUCUCUCGCCUCUUCCCUGUUGCAGGCCAGUCAGAGAAAGGUACGGUGCGUUACAUCGGUGUCAGCCAUGCGGGGAUCCGCCUCAUCGACCGCGAGCAAUCCAUGGUCGACGACAACCUCGAAGUACUCGAACACUUCAAAUUUGAGGACGUCAUCGAUAUUGUCAUGCCGACCAAGGACACAGUUCAGAUUAACCUCAAAGACAAGUCCAUGGUGUUCUACACAAAUCGGGCACUGCAAUUGAAACAGAUGAUUGACAUGUACCUGACUGAAAGCGAUAAGGGUAACAAGUACGUCAUAGCGACGAAGGACUACAUCACAGGCGAAUCCACGCUACUCAGCUUCAAGCGAAGCGAGAUCAUCAAGCUCGUUGAUGCAGAAAUUCCAUUGGAAGAUGGUUGGCUGUAUGGUUCGUUAAACGGUGUCCUUGGAUACUUCCCAGCAGAAUACGUCAAACCUCUACAAAGACACGAGGUCGAGAGGUCAGGGGGCAUGAAGGCCCAACUGACAGAGCAUGUUGUCCACAGAAUCAUUCGACCUCCUAGCAGAACGGACGGUCACAUAGACAACAGGAGCGAGACAAGUCAGGGUACCGUGGUUCCAGACGGUAAAUUCUCCAUGAUGGAGUUCGCUCUCCUUCACUUCCGGGAGUCAGUCCAGAAGUUUGAGAUGGAGAGAUCAGAAGACGGGUCAUUACGAGGAACAAUCAAACAUAUAGAGAGCAUCAAGCUUCGUAAUCUGGACCAGCAAAACCUGCACCGCAGAGGUUCCGGUGAAUGGUCAUGGAAGGAACAAGCUGAUAUGGUCAAAUGGACACGGUCACCCAUACAAGCGUCACUGCUGAAGCUGCCGACUGCUGAGUUCAACAAGCUUGCCUUGGAGUGCUUCCUCUGUGUGAUGAAGUUCAUGGGCGACUAUCCCAUAGGUCCUAACCAAUCGGAGUACGACUGUGUUCUCAAAAUCCUCAGGUCAUGUCACAAACAUCCGGAGAUGAGGGAUGAAAUCUACUGCCAGUUGUGUAAACAAACGACAAGCAACAGAAGUAUGAAGCCGAAAAGCUGCAUUAUGGGAUGGAGAUUGUUUUCGAUCAUUGCCUGCUACUGUGACUGUUCAGAAAGCAUACGACCUUACCUAUUCAAAUAUCUGGAAACGACAUCGUCAGAUUCUUCCAGAACAUUCAGUGGAGCUGCAUCAAUAUGUCUGCAGAAUCUUAGAAAGACGUUCAAAUAUGGAGGACGCAAAAACGUGCCGCUGAAAGCAGAAAUUUCAGCCUUAGCGGACGGACGGGUGUCAAAGAGGUAUUCCUUUAUCUACAGCGGUUCUGAGCGCGAGGGCAUGCUUCAAGUUCGACCAUCUUUGGUCGUAAAGGAUUCCAUCGAGGAGAUCUGCAAUCGCCUCGACAUUUUUGAUCCCGUGGAAAUGGAAGAAUAUACACUGUUCCUGCGAACAAGUGACGAUCAUUAUAGCCGAUUAAAGUCGGAGGAGUACAUCCUUGAUGUGACUUCAGAGUUUAUCCGAGGAAACAAGGACUACCAACUGGUGUUCCAGCGGACCGUUUGGUUCUUCCCAUUCAGGGAAACAGACAACAUCAUAUACAAUGAAUUAAUGUUCUUCCAGUGUCUGCCAGACUUCCUGGAGGGACUAUUGAUCACGCUACAGAGUGGCCACCUCUCCAGACAGGAAGAGGAUGAUCUCCCCACGCUCGGAGCUCUCCUGUUCAAGGCUUUUGACAGAGUGGGCACACCAACCAUUAAGGACCUUGCCUACCUGCUGCCCAAGACGAUGAACAAGUUGUCCGACUUCCAGCCACAGCAGUGGGUCAACAGAAUCCACCACGAGAUGAACGCUGCCAAUCGCCUUGGACCUGUUAAUUGCAAGGCUAAAUUCGUUUCUAUUCUUUCGAGGUGGCCCCUGUUUGGAUCUAUAUUCUUCAUGGUCAAGAACGCCCCCACACAGCCAGUCAUCCGCGGAGACACGAUUUUGGCUGUCAACAAAAACGGUAUCCACUUCCUCAGUGAAGCCACACAUGAAACCAUUAUCCAGUACCAGUUUAGUGAAGUGAUGUCCACACGGCGCUACAGGAGUGACAGCAACCAGAACUACCUUGAUAUGAAACUCGGCAAUCUCAUGGUGCAGAAAAUAGUUCGCAUCGAAACGGACCAGGGAUCUGAUAUCUCAAGUCUUAUUGGACAAUAUAUGCAAGUAAUCAAUCGCCAUCGGAAACGACCGGCUGACAGAAAUAGCAUAGCACACAGGAUGUAAAUAACAUGAGGUGGAGAGUUCCACACCAGACUUCCGUAUUGUGACAUUAAUUUUUUGUGAGACUUGACUUCACGAAAGAAAUGGAAAUGGCUGAAUACGUAAUAUUACUGAGUCCUAAAGUGUGUGAAACUCAUGCUGGCAUAGGUUGUGUUACGGAUGCUGUCUGUGUAUGAUUGAUUAACUUGGAAUUUGUGUUUCUGGAGGUUCGUGAAAGCAAGGUCAAGGAUCUUUGUAAUCUGUGUUAAUAUUUCUGACGGUAUGUGUUGACACAGCGUUACCAUUGAAAGUCGAGAUUUCAGGCCGUAACUCCAGUCGUAAAACAGGACUUGCGGCGGCAAGGUGACGAUUUCAGGCCAUAAACCCAAGGAUGACCUUCUUAAACUGCCAAAGGAAUAUAUUUAUGUUUAUUAAAGAGUUGCAUACAACUUGACCAAAAUAUAUUGUAUAUUUCAAAAUAUAAUCUAGAGUUUUAUUGGGAUAUCGUAGGGAAACAGAUAAGAAGUAGGCAUUAUCAUGGCUGUGUAUCGAUGCAAACAAAACAGUCAAAUGCUAAUGUAAUAAUUAACAGAUAUCAAAUAAACAAAUCCUUCUCGCCAAAUCCUUAAGAAGUGGCGCCAUGUAUAUUAUACAGAUAUAUUAACAAUUUUUAAAGCGAUAUGUACAAUAUGAAUCUAAAUAAGUUCAGCAGAACAAAUCUGGCUCGGGGGAAAUUGUGCGUUUUUUUAUAAUCGUGAGAAGAGCUGUUCGUAUAUACUGUACGUGUGAUAACGAUUUAGAGUUAAUGAGUCAUUUCAUCUGUAUAUAGAACUCAAAAAACUCUCUACAUCUAUAAAGACAAUAUUUACUCCAUAUUGAAUCCUUUAUAAUCAGAUUAUGCAUAUAAUGCUUAUGAAAAUAUAAUUCUAUAAUAUUAUAUAAUAUAAAUGUAUUGUGUUUAUGAGAGAGGCACAGAUAUUGUGAUAUAUAUAUAUAUAUAACAUUCCGUUAUUAUUUGUUGCUAUGGUUACAGAAUUGUUGGGUAUUUUUCCCCUUAUACAGGAAAUAUUUACCCUGUAACCUUGUACAGAAUUCUACGUAGACACCUAUCAUUGUUAAAGAUUUCAUAUAUUUUUUCCCCCAUUCGCACCACACACAGAGACAAAAUAUAAGUAUGUUCUUUUUAGAUGAAAAAGUAGAGAUUUUUGCAAUAGAAACAACUGGUUACCUUAGUAACCAUUUUUUCCCCAUUGCAAUCCUUUAUGAUCAGAAAUAGAAUUGAAACAGAUCAAUACUUGUUGCUACUAAGAUGAAAAUUUCAAGAAAAGGAUGUCAUCCAGUUGUUUCAUUUCUGAGGGAAAUAAUGGCGAAUUUUUCAACUGAUGAAGCUGAAAUAUUCAUUUUGUGGAAAGGGAAUAAUCACCCUUUUUAACAUAAUAAAAACCCAGGUGUUUUGACAAAUCAAAAGAUUGUAAUAUUCAGCUCAUUAAAUGAAAUACUACCAGAAUGAAUGUUUUAAGGUGUCUGUAAAAUCUCCAUGACGUUUGAACAUUGUAAAUGUUACAGGUUAUAUAUAUAUGUGAUUGAAUGGCUAACACUUUACAUAAUGUCUGUCACUGGUAAGGGGAGGUAAUUUGGUAAUCUCCCUUUAUCGGUUUGUUUAAUAUUCAUCAUAAUUCCCCACAAAAAAUCUAUAUUUACCUUUGUAAUAGUUUUUGAGAAAAAUAUUAAUAAAAGUACUUUUCUUCUGUAUGAAAAUCAUAGUGACAAUGGAUUUUUUUAUUUACAACCUUAAUUUUUUUUUUUUUUAUUAUACAUUGUAUUUUAAUACAUCUGUCGGAAUCAAAUGGAGGUACAUGCAGAUUGAAUAAAGACAGGGUCAUUUCAGACAGAAUGUACAAUUAAAGCUGACAUCCUGUUUCAGGAUCGUAUUUCUCUUUUGAGAAAGUUGUUUUUCUAGUUAUUAAAGUCCUAUAAACACAUGUUUUUUGCAAGAUUCAAAUUUUCAUGUUCAUCUAUGUGAGGAGAGUUUGAUCAUGGUUUUGAAUAUCUCCGAAUUAUUUAUUCAGACUCAAUUAAAAUGAGGAAUAGCUACAUCAGUUGUCUUUCAUGUUACAAAGUGAGGUCCUCACAAACAGAUCAUUGUUAGUUUCGAUAGAUUUCUGUCAGGAAACAUUUUACAAUGUUUGAUGAGCUGACUUUGGAUAAAAAUAUAUAUAUAUCGUCUGUCAGGACAGUAUAUAUUGCGAACACACGUUGCACAAAUAUAUUUUACAUUGAAAAUUAUAAUGAAUGAAUUAAGUGUAUUUAUUCACAUAAAUAUUAUAAUAAUUAGUACGAUAUCAAGCAUAUUUAUCCCUUCAUAUUUGUGUUUAUGUACCGAAAUGUAUGCAGUAUGUAAUCAGGCCGAAUCUGUUUUACGCUUGUUCUGUGUAAAAAAAUAUCAACAUUUGUUUAGACCUUCAUCUUUUUACCUGCUGACAAAGCUAAUUAGCUGAUAUAACGUGAUGUGGUGUGAGACCCUUAUUUGUUGCAAGGUGAUCAGUUGCUAUGAAAACAAUGACCCGUAUUUGUUGCAAAAUGAGCUGUUGCUAUGGAAACAUUACCUUUAGUUGUUGCUAUGGAAACAGUGAUCCUUAUUUGUUGCUAGGUGAUCUGUUGCUAUGGAAACAGUGACCAUUAGUCUAUGGAAGCAUUUUUGGAAUUUCAAGGAUAAUUGUGAAAAUAGAAAAUCAUUUUCAUGGAUGUGUUGAUUCAUUUUUAAUGGCGUUCAGGGGUACAUUUAACUACAGCUUGUGAGAGAUCUGGAAAUGAAAUGUAUGGAUGAAUAAAUAUUAAGGUAAAUGCCAGAACAAAAAUGAAUAUUACCAGGUACCUCUGGUAGUUGUUUAUGUAACCUGAAAUGGUUUUUUUGUUUUUUUUUGCAAUAUAUGUUAAUGUUUUUUGAAUCUCACGGACAAAAUUUAAAUUAAGCUGCCAAAUAAACUCGUGUACAAUGAGUGUUGUUUGUAAAAAUUUGAAACACAGAAAUUGAUUUGCCAGUUAUGGUUGGUCACCCUUUGGAAUAUAAAUGAAUAUUCAACUCCAAUGUAUAUGCACAGUUAAUGAAUAUUCAGUGAGGUUGCUUAUUUUUUUAUCCACUGAAGGAACGAAUUAAACAAAAUGAGCUAUACAAACAAAAUAAAUUAUUAUUUUAAAUUAUUUUUGGCCUCCAAUAACCCAGGGAUGUUUAGACAUCCCUGAAUAACCCAAAGGCUGAAAUAAAAUUAAAUUAAAAAAAAGAACAGGUUAAACCAAAUCAUGUUAAAAAAUAACAAUAUCGGAGAAAUGAUUGUCCGACACUUAAGAGACCAGUACAUUAUUUAUAUAUUUAAAAUUUCUCACAUUUCUUUUCAUAAAGAAAUAUUAGUGCUAAUGUUAUACAGACAAUUUUUUUUCCUAAUAGAGGGGGGGGACAAUUCAAUUUAUAUUUGUAAGGAGUUUGACAAAUAUGGAACGUUUAUAUUUCAUAUAAAUAAACCUCUUUAUCAUAGUCAUGUAUUCAUCAGGUAAAAUAUGCAUGAAAUGUCAGAUAUUAGAUAUGCUUAUUAUGAUUAAUACGGUAUACAGAUCAAAAUCAAAAUAAUUAUGAGUUAUGUUUUAGUAAUAUAGCAAUUCCAUACUGUGUUGGUUUACAUACAUAAACAUAUGUUUUCUUCCAUAAAUCAAAGAUUUGUACAGUUUUCGUGUCAAACUGCAACUAUUCAUACACAUUUUUUCUUUAUUAUUUUUUGAACUUUUCAAUGCUUCCAAAUAAAAACUAUAGUAGCCAGAAUUAGACUAAACAAUUAAAUAGAAAUCAUACUUAGGAGUUUGUAUUCAAGAAUAAUUCGAUAUGUUUGAUGAAAUUAUAUUUCAUGUCUCAAAUGUUUCUAGUCCGAAACUCCAUGGAAAUUGUCUGUUUUUUUUUGGUUUUUUUGUGUUAUUCCAAGACAAAAAAAUAGUUAGCUCCAAGGCAUGUGUGAUAUUUAUUUCAAACUAAACAGAUACCAGAUUUUUUUGAAAAAAUAUUUUUUUCAAAAUUUUAGUAAUUAGCACAUUAUUAUACAUUUCAGCCAUACAAUUCUUACAGGUUCACUUCUACUUCUUACUAGUGGUGAUCAAGCUUAACAGCUGAAGUUCACACCAGGAAAGAUAACUCAUGUCAUCAGGAAAGAUGACUCAUGUUAUCAAGCUUUACAGCUGAAGUUCACAUCAGGAAAGAUAACUAAUGUUAUCAAGCUUUACAGCUGUAGUUCACACCAGGAAAGAUAACUCAUGUCAUCAAGCUUUACAGCUGUAGUUCGCACCAGGAAAGAUAACUCAUGUUAUCAAGCUUUACAGCUGUAGUUUGCACCAGGAAAGAUAACUCAUGUUAUCAAGCUUUACAGCUGUAGUUUGCACCAGGAAAGAUAACUCAUGUUAUCAAGCUUUACAGCUGAAGUUCACACCAGGAAAGAUAACUCAUGUUAUCAAGCUUUACAGCUGAAGUUCACACCAGGAAAGAUAACUCAUGUUAUCAAGCUUUUCAGAUGCAGUUUAUGCCAGGAAAGAUAAGUAAUUUUUUGGGAUGUUAGUGAUUUUGAGAAUCCUGGAAUCGUCAUCUGAAAAUAAAUGAAUGAUUUAAGGGUGUAGGCUAUCUUGAUGUGGUUCUUAUCUCCUUUCAAAAAGAUUUUUGAUUCAGAAAAGAAAAUCCAUCUUUUUUAUAAAUGGUACUUUAGACUUUCAAUUUAAUUAAUUUAUCAAUGAAAUGUUUGAAUGGCAUGUUAAAUUACACAAGUUAUUGUAAGCAUUGAUCACAAUCAAAUAUUUCUAACUUGCUCUAAUGAUGACAAAUAAAAAGCUGUUUCAAGUGAGAUAACUCUGUUUCAAGGGAGAUAACUCUAACACCAAUCUACCAUUUAAUAUUUGAGGUAUAAUAUUCCUUUUUAAAACUUGUACAUUCAUGUCUAUGUGAAACAAUUGAAUAAUAUAUUCAUACUCUUAUAACAAAACAUAUCUUUUCCGAAGAGGUCACCGAUGUGGUAUUUAUUUUCCAUAGUACAACUUCUUCUUAGAAACACAAGAUACUUUCAUUCAAAAGUGGCAUGAAAAAUCGUCAAUGGUUGGAAAAGCAAGUGAGAAAUGUUCAUGAAAUUUUCUUCGUGAAAUUAAAUCAUGAAACUCGUAUCUCUGGUGUAGGAGCUGAAAUAUUUCAACAUGAAAAUUUGUGAAGGGUGACGAAUAUAAACUGGGUGUUUAUGAAAAAUUAUAUAUGUGCAAUCAUAAUACCGUGUCUGAUGUAAAUUAUUCGUAAAAUACAGUGGGAUAUGUAUGCUACAUCUAGUAUGUCAAUUAACCUUCUAUAUUUUUAUAUUUUCAUGAGCAAUAAACAUUUUAAGUAAUCAAA